CAGUCCGAUUGCAAUUGCUUUUGUGCCUGUUUGGGUUGGGUUAGGUUAGGUUGUUUUACGCUUUAGGUUGCGCUUUUUAUUUUCAUGAAUUUUAGAUAAGAGAAACAAAAUUAUACAUUCCAGUGAACUCUAUAAUAUACUAAUAUAAAAAAAAUAUGCACCAAUAAAUCUUGAAUGCUAUUUGAGAGCUAUUUAGUUUAAAUUAUAAAGAGAUGGGUGAAUAACAAGUUCUAUUGUAAUUUGAUGCCUUUUUUGUUCAUCGCUACUAAAUUAUCUCGUGAUGUCUGAAAAACACAUUGAAACUAUCCCAGACUGCCGUUUGUCGACUUGGCAUCCAGAGAUGGUAUUAGUGUCAAAAUCACCCAUCACAUUGCAAGGCUUUUUAAUUAUUCCAAAUUUGCCCUCUCCUACAUGGAGUCGCUUACAAUUCAGAGUAAAAUUACAACUGAUUGCGCCAAAUUAUCCAUUACUUCAAAAUGCACAAAUUAAUUUUGGCACAACAAUAGCUUUGUUACGUAAUGGAAAAUUUAAUAAAGAAAUAAAGAAAUUAAUGAGUACUGAUGUAAGAGUACCAUUAUUUCUAACACAAUUACAAUCACUCAUUGGUGAACAUUUACAUAAUAAACAUAAUAAACAUAAUAAAAGUCAUAUGAACUAUUUAUCUUUAAGUAAUUUUAUGGAAGACUUGAAAGCAGUUCUUUUGAAUCCAUCUGAUGUACAAGUAUCAUGCGAUGAUAGACUAAAAACUAUUAAAUUAUCUUUAAAUGACAUAUCUCUUACAUUGGAGAGAGAUGAAAAUACUGAAGUUCCUUGGAAAAUCAUAUCUUCUGAUUUUCCUAAAAUACCAGCCUUUGAAAGUUUUGAAAAAAAUAUAAAUAAGUUGAAUGUUGCAAUAACAACGUUUAAGUGGCAAGUAGAAUUGUUGGAGAAAGCAUGGGAGCAACUGAAAGAAAUUGAUGAGAACUGCUGGGUGAUUGAUCCAUUGGAGCCAAAUAAGAGCCACAUGCACAGACGUAUUCACUUGUCACAAUCCAUAUCUGUGACUAUUAUAAUAAAUCCACUAAAACCUACUGCUUUGCCAGAAAUUAAAUUCUUAGGCAGUGACAGUGAGGUGAAGAAACAAACAGACUAUGUUUCCAAUAAUAUUUUUAACUGGGAUCCACGUUGUAGCAUUUUAGAAAAUCUAAGGAUGUUGUUAAAUAUGUAUGACUUCCCUGAGCAGCAGGAGAGUUUGGAAGACAACAACGCUAUUGUUGGCAAUCGAGGUUGCGCUAUAUGUUUUUGUGAAAAAUUAGAUGCCAAUAAUGAAUUGCCAGAUAAGAUAUGUGAUAACAACAAAUGCAUGAAACAUUACCACUCGGCAUGUUUAUCAUUCUGGUUACAGAUGAAUGGCGAGAACCAAAUUGUAUUUGGUCACAUCUAUGGCACCUGUCCACAUUGCAAUAAGAAAAUAUCAUGUUCUAUUAAAUAACUUAAACUUCUUCCAAUUUAUCAGUUUAUACUUUAUUCAAAUAUAUGUAUGUGAGUAUAAUUCAUUUCUUGGACCCAUUUUUUCAUAGAUUGAUUAAACUCUGAAGUUCCACAUAUUAAGAUCAAUGUCGUCCUUGUAUCAUUAUAUUGAAGAUAAUCAGCAACUAGUAGUUUGCUCAAACGACCGACUUUUAUAUGGAGACCAUGAGGACCGACUGUUUCGUCUAAAAGAGAAUUAUUCAAAAAAAUUUAUUUUGCAACAAUCUUGUAAUUGAAAUACUAACAUUAUGACUUUAAUCGUUUAAGUGACCAAUAAAUUAUUAACAUUUCCAUUCAUUUGUAAGAAUAAAAUAUUAUAGGAAUUAAAAAUAAAGAAGGGCUAAUAGGAGUUCAAGUACAGUAAUUUUAGUGCUAUAAAACCUAAGGAAAUAGGUAAGAGUUCCCUAUGUUGGGAAACCAAGUAAUUUAUUGAACAUUAAAAAUAAAACAUCAAACGUUUCAGUCCAUCCAUGGACCGUCUUCAGUGUUACAUAUAAUUUUAAAUAAUAAAGUACCAAAAGUUUAACAAGACCUUAAGAUAUAUUUUAUUCGUAACCGAGACUGAGAGAAAAAAAUUAAGACAAAAAUUAUGGAAAAUGAUGUUAAAUCCUAUUUUUGUCGAAACAUGCUUUCAACGUCCAUAACAAUGAAGUUAUUUGCAGAAGCACUUAGUAGGGUGCGGCGGUCAUAUUGUCUAACCAAACAAAUAAAAUUUGCGUAAAAUUUAAACUAAAAGAUAAAGCCGAAUAACCGUUAGUAAGUUAUCUUGGACAUAGUGUAGUCAAACUUCAAGGCAAGAAUGAUUACCGUCGAUAAUAUCGUUCUUGCCUUAAGGUUUGGUCCCUACAGUUUGGCCGAAUAACCGUUAGCAAGUUACCUUGGACAUAGUGUAUGAUUUGUUACGAACGUUGAAGGCAUGUUUCGAUAAAGAUAGGAUUUAACACAGUUUUCCAUAAUUUUUGUCUUAAUUCUUUCCUCCCAGUCUUGGUUACGAAUAAUCUUCAGGUCUUGUUAAAUUCUUAAUAUUUCAUUAUUUAAAAUUACUUGUAACAUUGAAGAGGGUCCACGGAUAAACCGUUUGACGUUUUAUUUUUAAUGUUCAAUAAAUUACUUGGUUUCCCAACAUAGAGAACUUUCAUCUAUUUCCUUAGGUUUUAUAGUGAUAAAAUUACGGUAUUAAAAUUACUGUGCCUGAACACCUAUUAGCCCUUCUUUGUGUUUUUUUAUUUA